UUAGAGAGGGGCGUAAUUCGGGGCUCAGCGAGGGAAACUUGAGCCGUGCGCCCCGCCUUCGGAAUUUGGCGCCCGAAAGUUUGGGAUUAGGGGCUUGGAGGCUGGCACCACGCCGUAGCCAGGUGUGCAGGACUCGACCAGAUGGCAUCGGCCAGCUCCUUCGCUCUCCCGCGCUGGGCCGGCCGAGCUGCGCGGUGCCCUCCGUGACGCAGAGGGCGCUGCAGCCGUGCUGAGCUGGGCUCAGCUACGACCCCGCUGACCCUGCGCCCGCCACCCCGCGCGCCGGUCCGCCAUGGCUGCCGCAUUCGUGCUUCACCGUUUGUACCGAGCGCAACCUGCAUUGCGCUGUUCGCCCGCCGAGCUGCUGUGGGCCCCACGGCGUGGGCAUCGGCUCACACCGGCGGAUGACGAGCUGUAUCAACGGACGCGCAUCUCUCUGCUGCAGCGCGAGUCCCCGCACGCCAUGUACAUCGACAGCUACAACAGCCGCGGCUUCACGGUCAACGGAAAUCGCGUCUUCGGGCCCUGCGCGCUGCUCCCGCACUCCGUGGUGCAGUGGAACGUAGGAUCCCACCAGGACAUCACCGAAGAAAGCUUCUCUCUCUUCUGGAUGCUGGAGCCCCGAAUAGAGAUUGUCGUGGUGGGCACUGGAGACCGGACUGAGCGGCUGCAGGCUCAAGUGCUGCGAGCCAUGAGGCAACGAGGCAUCGCUGUGGAAGUGCAGGACACGCCCAAUGCCUGUGCCACAUUCAACUUCCUCUGUCAUGAAGGCCGAGUGACAGGAGCUGCUCUCAUCCCACCUGGAGGGACAGUACUCACAUCUCUGGCCCAAGCUGCAGGAUGAACCACCAGGAACUAACCUGUCCAGGAGGGCCUUGGCACCCUUUGCAGAGUGCAGGGGUUCCCCCCACUUUCACCAGCCCCUCCUCUUUGGCACUGUAACACUUGCCUUGCUUGCUAGCAUAUUAAUAAUUUAAUCUCGCUCUCC